CAGGGUGAAAUGGAGCAGAAAGGAGUUCAGCUGGACUGGGGUGCUUUCUGCUGUUCAGUCUGUCUGGAUCUAAUGAAGGAUCCGGUGACUAUUCCCUGUGGACACAGCUACUGCAUCAACUGUAUUAAAAGCUUCUGGGAUGGAGAGGAUCAGAAGAGAAUCCACAGCUGCCCUCAGUGUAGGCAGACCUUCACACCGAAGCCUGUUCUGGUGACAGUCUCAGCUGCAGCAGAAAGGACUGAGAGGCAGAGAGAGCUCCAGCUGAGUCGACAACAAAUCCAGCAGAGAAUCCAGGACAGAGACAAAGAUGUGAAGGUGCUUCAACUGGAGGUGGAGGCUAUCAAUGGCUCUGCUGAUAAAGCAGUGGAGGACAGUGAGAAGAUCUUCACUAAGCUGAUUCGUCUCAUGGAGAAAAGAAGCUCUGAUGUGAAGCAGCAGAUCAGAUCCCAGCAGAAAACUGAAGUGAGUCGAGUCAAAGAGCUUCAGGAGAAGCUGGAGCAGGAGAUCACUGAGCUGGAGAGGAAAGACGCUGAGCUGAAGCAGCUCUCACACACAGAGGAUCACAACCAGUUUCUACACAACUACCCCUCACUGUCACGACUCAGUGAAUCUACAGACUCAUCCAGCACCAAUAUCCGUCCUCUGAGCUACUUUGAGGACGUGACAGCAGCUGUGUCACAGCUCAGAGAUAAACUACAGGACAUUCUGAGAGACACAUGGACAAACAUCUCACUGAUAGAGAAGGACAUGGAAGUUGUUCCAUCAAAUCCAAAACCAGAGCCUAAGACCAGAGCUGAAUUCAUACAAUAUUCAUGUCAAAUCACACUGGAUCCAAACACAGUAAACACACAGCUGUCAUUAUCUGAAGGAGACAGAAGAGCAACAUUAAUGAGAGAAGAACAGUCCUACUCUAGUCACCCAGACAGAUUCAUUAGAUGGCGUCAGGUCCUGAGUAGAGAGAGUCUGACUGGACGUCGUUACUGGGAAGUGGAGUGGAGAAGGAAAAGAGUCAUAGUAGCAGUCACAUACGGGAAUAUCAGCAGGUCAGGGCCCAUGAAUGAGUCUGUGUUUGGAUUCAAUGACAAAUCUUGGGCUUUAGAGUGUAACAGCAGCAGUAGUUAUAAAUUCAGACACAACAGCAUCAAAACUCCAGUCUCAGGUCCUUGGUCCUCCAGAGUAGGAGUGUACCUGGAUCACAGAGCAGGUGUUCUGUCCUUCUACAGCGUCUCUGAAACCAUGACUCUCCUCCACAGAGUCCAGACCACGUUCACUCAGCCUCUCUAUGCUGGAGUUUGGUUUAGUGGAUAUAAUGGAGCUACUGCUGAGUUCUGUGAGCUGAAGUAGAUGAAAGAUAUAAAAGAGGGAAGCUGGGAGGAGGAGGACAUACUUUUUCUUUCAUUUUGGAUUUUCAUUUUUUUGUGCUAUUCUAAACAAACCCAAAUUGUCACAUAAGGAUAGUCUUGCGGAAGAGCUUUCAGACAAUUUCUAUAUCUGUAAACACUUUUCAGUGACAUUAUAAACUAUUCUAGCACAUUGUAUUCGAGCUCAAACAGUGACUGAUGUGAAAGUGCUGACUUUCUCUGGGUUCAUUUGUCCCAUCCCAUCCGUCUACAUCAUCAUCAACUCUGAUAGUAUUCAGAUCUUUUACUUAAAUAAAAGUAUCAAGGAAUAACUGUAAAAAAAUUUUUUAAAAAACCCAUUACAAGAAGAAGAAAACUAACUGACCUUCAUUCAAGAUGCUACAUAAAGUAAAAGUACAGAUCUACUAUCAAGAAAACAUACUUAAAGUAUCAAAAGUAUUCGUUUUGUAAAACAAAAUGCCACCUGUGACUGGCAUGAAAUAAUUCAUACUGAUGCAUCAGUGGAGUAUUUGACCGCUGUAGCUGGAUGAGGUGGAGCUGAUAUGAUCUACUUUAUGGUAUAUACAGAUUGUGUGAGUCGUGACAUGAUAAAUGGGAGAGAAAACAAGAAAAAAGAAAGUUCUGCUUCAUAGAUUUGUAUCCAUGUUUUGUAUAAUUCUGUCAUUUUUGCUUUUUGGAUUGUUGUAGCUGUUUGGGCCUCGGACAGUUAUAUAAAUGAGACCAUGUGUGACGUUUAGAGAGGAAAUGUGUCUGUGAUGGAACUGCUGAUGACUCAUUUACAUGUUAAACAUGACAAGGAGCCACAACUGUGUUUUUGUUUGGAGCCAUGUGCUGAAGUUUGUGAACCAGUGAGUUAAUCUUUAACAAUAUAUUGAUUUUUAUGAAUGAAUGAAUGAAUUUUUUUUUUCGUUUAAAAUCUUUAUCUAAAAAUUGUCUGAUUACUACGGCUGUCAGAUAAUGUUGGUUAAUUAACUGUAUUAAUAUUUGCAUAGGUUAAAUAACUGUCCAUAUCCUUUGCCAUAUGUAAAUUUGUUCACAUGACACCAUUAAACCUGUAAUAUUGUGAUCAGUUUUACCGUUUUCUUCCUGCAUAGUGUUUAGAUGCUGGUUUUGUAGGUGCUGCAUGAACUUUGUGACUGUGAGAGUAUAAAUAAACACAUACAUGGAAACACUGA